GGCUGAGCGGGUCCGUGUCACAGACGGCUCGGCGCAGUUCAUUCCUCGCACUCGAGCCGAUGCGCGCCGCUUCAGCGCCUUCUGCCGCUCUCCUGCUUCUUCUUUCGGGGGGAACUAUCGAACGGUCCGAUCUCCUUACGAUGUUUACCGCACGUGUGACCACGUUCAUCUUUUUUUUUCUUUUUUCUCAAGUAUGACAUCAGUGCCGAAUGUGUGCCUCUUUUUUCUUCUUCUUUUCCUCACACAUCCAAGACGCAAUUGCGGGAUGAGCGUGCGCGGAGUGCUUAUUUUACCUUCUCGCUGGCGUUCAUGAACAUCCACCUUCUCCCCGGGUGUUAUCAUCUGAAGCCCCGGAAUGAGCUCUGAAGCAACAAGCGACCGUGGAUGCGUAAGGCAGCGACUCUGCGCACACUUAGCGGAUGAAAACGCACAUCGGUGAGCGAGGCGCAGAGGUUGGAUCGCAUGUGUGUGUGCGCAUAAACCCUGCACCUGCGGGAUUAAUCCAGCAACCCCCCCCCCCCCCCCCUCCGGAUUUCAUUCUCUGCUGGGAAGAGGACAGCGAUGAACUGGGUUGUGAAUUCGUAAAAAUGUCGUAAAAGUGUCUCGCUGUGGUUCUACUUGUUUUCUGUCUGUUACCAAAGUUGCUUCGUUCUCGGGGAGGGACGCAGAUCCAAUAAUGGCCAGACACUCUGCCCCCCAGCUACGACCGGGUUUUACGUUCCGGGUGUUGUGGAUGGUUCACGCUUUCCUGGACCUGGCCGGUUCCCAGGAGAUUUACGCGCCGCACUCGAUCCGGGUGGAGGGCGACGUGACGCUGGGGGGGCUCUUCCCCGUCCACGCCAGGGGGGUCCCCGGGAUUCCGUGCGGGGACAUCAAGAAGGAGAACGGCAUCCACCGGCUGGAGGCGAUGAUGUACGCCCUGGACCAGAUCAACGGCGACGAGGAGCUGCUGCCCAACGUCACCCUGGGCGCCCGGAUCCUGGACACCUGUUCCCGGGACACGUACGCGCUGGAGCAGUCGCUGACUUUUGUGCAGGCGCUCAUCCAGAAGGACACGUCGGACGUGCGGUGCACCAACGGGGAGCCGCCGAUGUUCGUCAAGCCCGAGAAAGUUGUCGGGGUCGUGGGCGCGUCCGCCAGCUCGGUGUCCAUCAUGGUGGCCAACAUACUGCGCCUCUUCCAGAUCCCUCAGAUCAGCUAUGCCUCCACGGCCCCGGAGCUCAGCGACGACCGGCGCUACGACUUCUUCUCCCGGGUGGUCCCGCCUGACAGCUUCCAGGCCCAGGCCAUGGUGGACAUCGUGAAGGCCAUGGGCUGGAACUACGUCUCCACGGUGGCCUCGGAGGGCAGCUACGGAGAGAAGGGAGUGGACGCCUUCAUGCAGCUCUCCAGGGAAGCAGGUGGAAUCUGCAUCGCUCAGUCGCUGAAGAUCCCCCACGAGCACAAAGCCUCCAACUUCGAUAAAGUCAUCCGUCUGCUGCUGGACACUCGCUACGCCAGGGCGGUGAUCCUGUUCGCCUCCGACGAGGACAUCCGGGGUAUCCUGAACGCCAGUAAGCGGGCGGACCAGAUCGGCCACUUCCUGUGGAUCGGCUCCGACAGCUGGGGGGCCAAGAACAGCCCCAUCCACCAGCUGGAGGACGCCGCCGUGGGCGCCGUCACUAUCCUGCCCAAGAGAGCCACCAUCAGCGGGUUCGACGCGUACUUCACGUCGCGCACGCUGGAGAACAACCGGAGGAACGUGUGGUUCGCCGAGUACUGGGAGGAGAACUUCAACUGCAAGCUGAUGAGCUCCUCCAAGAAGGACGAGAGCAGCAGGAAGUGCACAGGCCAGGAGCGCAUCAGCAUCGACUCCAAGUACGAGCAGGAGGGCAAGGUCCAGUUCGUGAUCGACGCCGUGUACGCCAUGGCCCACGCCCUCCACAACAUGCAGCGCGACCUGUGUCCGGAGAACGCCGGCAUCUGCCCCGACAUGGACCUGGCCGGCGGGAAGAAGCUCCUCAAGUACAUCCGCAGCGUCAGCUUCAACGGAAGUGCCGGUACUUCGGUGACCUUCAACCGUAACGGCGACGCCCCCGGACGCUACGACCUGUUCCAGUACCAGUGGAAUAACCUCUCCGGGCCGGGCUACCGUGUGAUCGGACAGUGGACCGAGACCCUGCAGCUCAACAUGGAGGACAUGCAGUGGCCUCGAGGGGAGCAGGACAUUCCCAGCUCGGUGUGCAGCCUUCCCUGUAGAAGCGGCGAGAGGAAGAAGGUGGUGAAAGGCAUGCCGUGCUGCUGGCACUGCGAGCCCUGCGACGGCUACCAGUACCAGCACGACGAGUUCACCUGCAAGCUGUGCUCCUACAACCGGAGGCCCAACGCCAACCGCACGGCGUGCCAGCCCAUCCCCAUCGUCAAGCUGGAGUGGCACUCGGCCUGGGCGGUGAUCCCGGUCUUCCUGGCGAUGCUGGGGAUCAUCGCCACCAUCUUCGUGGUGGCCACGUUCGUUCGGCACAACGACACGCCCAUCGUGCGGGCGUCCGGCCGCGAGCUGAGCUACGUGCUCCUGACCGGGAUAUUUCUGUGCUACAUCAUCACGUUCCUCAUGAUCGCCAAGCCGGACGUGGGCGUGUGCUCGUUCCGGCGGAUUUUCCUGGGCCUGGGCAUGUGCAUCAGCUACGCCGCCCUCCUCACCAAGACCAACCGCAUCUACCGCAUCUUCGAGCAGGGCAAGAAGUCGGUGACGGCGCCGCGGCUCAUCAGCCCCACCUCGCAGCUGGCCAUCACCUCCAGCCUCAUCUCGGCCCAGCUGCUGGGGGUCUUCGUCUGGUUCAUCGUGGAUCCGCCCAACACCGUCAUAGACUACGACGAGCAGAAGACCUUCAACCCGCGCCUCGCCCGGGGGGUGUUGAAGUGCGACAUCACGGAUCUGCAGAUCAUCUGCUCGUUGGGCUACAGCAUCUUAUUGAUGGUGACGUGUACUGUUUACGCGAUAAAGACCCGCGGCGUGCCGGAGAAUUUUAACGAGGCCAAGCCCAUCGGGUUCACCAUGUACACCACCUGCAUCGUGUGGUUGGCUUUUAUACCCAUCUUCUUUGGCACGGCGCAGUCUGCAGAAAAGCUGUACAUCCAAACCACCACGCUCACCAUCUCCAUGAACCUGAGUGCGUCCGUGGCCCUCGGGAUGCUCUACAUGCCCAAAGUCUACGUCAUCCUCUUCCACCCGGAGCUCAACGUGCAGAAGAGGAAACGCUCCUUCAAGGCCGUCGCCACGGCCGCCACCAUGUCGUCCCGCCUCUCCCACAAGGCCAGCGACCGGCCCAACGGCGAGGCCAAGACGGAGCUGUGCGAGACCGUCGACCCCAACAGUCCGGCAGCAAAGAAGAAAUUUGUGAGCUACAACGACCUCGUGAUCUAACGGCGUCGGAGCGACGGACUGAAACCCGAGCGACAGUCGGAGAUGUCUGGUCUCCGGCCCUGCUGAGUUAAAAAAAAACAGAAAGGCAGGAAAAAAAAAGAAGAAAGAAGCAGAGAAGUAUGGGUUUUUGUUUUUUUUCCUUGUUGUUGUUUAGUUCUAUGGUCUCAUGUGCUUCAUUGCCCACCAACAGACUUUGCGGAAGCGGAAGCAAAGCCUUGUGGGAGUUUUUUCUCCGGACUUUCGCUCGGUCAAAGAGACGCGAGGAACCUCGGAGACGCCUCCGGGGAAAAAUACGCCGGGAUGUUCGGACAGUUCGAAAAUUUGAAAUCCUCUUUUUUUCGAGAUGACGGUUCCCGAGAAACCAACAUGGCGGACGUUUUUGCAGCCUUGGGCGGGCGGGGGUGAGGGGGUGAGGGGGGGGUGCCCAUGUUGAUUGUCUCUCUGCCCAUGAUGUCAAACGAAGCCGCGGCGGCGGGCCCCGCCUCCUCUUGUCCUAUAACCUACUUCCCAACUGCAAGUUUUCUGCCCUCCAUGUGUGCGGCUCUUCAUGGUCGACCCUUUUUUAUUGAUUUCCUUCUUCCUUUCAAGGCGAUAAUGGCUACAACGCUGCACAAUGCGUCUCUGGUAAAAAGCCAUCUCCUUUCGCCUGGAUGCUUUCGGGGGGGGGGGGUUUUAUGGAAUCUGAUUGUUGCCGCAAAGACGCAAAGAACUGACUCCGCCUUCGCUUGUCGGUUCAGUCGCACCGUGAGCGCUCAUCGGGGAGCUCUGUUUACUCUAUGAUUUGUUUGUGUGUUUGUGGACACUCAUCGGAGACGGCCACUCGCCGGGCCAGCGCCUCUCGGCCCGAGUAGAACCGGGGGAGUUUUGAGUGGGCGCGUUCGGGGUCGUAGGAAUCGGGUGAGCCGAGUUAUGAGAGCAGACCAGGGAAUGCGUGGCUUCGUAGGUGUCGUACGUGUUGCCUUCCAUCCCCCCGCCAACGCUCUCUGUACGAUUGCUUCUUCUUCAGCUGAAAUGUUUUCCGUCCCCUCCACGGUUCGUGUGUGUGUGUCUCUUUCCGCAAACGGCCACCUGACCUGCGGCUCCCAAAAAGACGCCUGCAUGCGCGGUUGGUCUCCGCCCCGGCUCCCCUUUACCCCCCCCUCGGCGUCCGCCUGCUUGAGAAGAACCACUCAGACCCGGCUUUAGGGUGAGCAGCGCGGAGGUGAGGCACAAAGCCUGUGCUGUCCCCUUUGAUCACGUGACCAACAGUUGUUGUUUUUAGAUGACGAGCUCAAAGUCUUAUCUGAGUUAUGUGACGUGGUUUGAAAAAAAUAUAUAUAUAAAAAAAAAAAAUCCGGUUC